AUGGAUGUUGAUGAGCACGAGGCACCGAAAGCAGUAACGAAGGCGAAAGCUCGUGGUCGAUCAAUCCAGGGAACUGACAGCGAAAUUGAGGUCGGGGAAGUGGACGGGGAUGUUCAACGUCCGAGGAAGAGGUCGAAACGCGCAGUGGCGGAUGAGUCGGAGGAUGAGAGACACAGUGCCAAGGGUUCCUCUUCGUCCACGAAACGUUCUCGCGCUUCGCCGGCCUCCAGAUCGUCCAAACCGCCAUCCAAGUCCACUAAGCCUGCACCGUCAAAGAAACCUUCUCCUAACCACCCACCUCGCGACCUCUCCCCGAUCCUCGAGGACAAUGAGGAUAUUCUGUCGACUGUCGGUCCCUCUGCUGGUCCUUCAAAUCCUCGUCUACGUCGCAUACAAGAAGAUCCCAUGGAUGUGUCGAUAGAGAUCCCAUUAGCGGAGGUUAUCGGAAUACGUGACGCGGCUGCAAGCUCGAAGUCGAAGAUGGACAAGGAUAAAGUCGUGAAGGGUAAAGGUAAAGCGAAGGCCAGGCAUGAGACUCCAGCUGAGGAUGACGAGCCGAAGAAACGAACGCGAGGGAAAGCUUCGAGUCGUAAACCGGUCUCGUCAUCAGAUGAAGCGGAAGACGGUGCGGAACGGGAAGAGUCUUCCAGACCAAAGAAGAAGCAGCGGAAAGCCGAGGAGGAAGAGAUGGUAGUAGAGACGAAGAAGAAGGUGAGGGAGAGAGCGCGCGGGCAAUCUUCUGAUGCGGAAGUCGUGGUGGUGGGCUCCAGAGCGGAACGAGAGUCGGAUUGGGAGGAUGAAGCGGAGCAGCCUCCGCCGAAGAAGAGGGGAAGGGGUCGUCCCAAGAAAGCGGAUGCUGUAGUGAGUGAGGCGAAGAAAGCUGCGCCACGAAAGAAGGCAAAAGAGGCAGUGGUGGAAGUCGAUGAAUCGGAAGAUGAGCGGCUUACUUCGCGCGCAAGGAAGGAUAUGAUCACCUCUAGGACCGCUCGUGAUGCUAUUCAGCAAUCUCCUGUUAAGCCUAUCCAAAUCAAGAAACCCACGAAACCUCCAUCAACCUCCAAACCUUCGAAACCACCUUCUAAAUCUACUAUGACUAGAGCACCGUCGCUCGACACUGCUACCGCCAAAUCGAAGUCUGCCAACACUACCAAGUCCAAGCCUUCCACGUCGGCCGCCAAACGCGAAGUUUCGCAGACCCGUCAUGGCUCCCUUCCACCUGCGGUCCUGAAACGUAUCAAGGAGAACGCCGCUAGGAGUGCUAGCCAGUUGAGGGAGGUGCAUGAUGACGAGGACGAGCUCGAUUUCUUGGCCUGA